AGAAGAAGAAGAAGAAGAAGAAUAAGAUCAGGAUGCUGAACAGCUUGGCGAACUACCUACUCGGAGGUAAUAUCACCGGCGGACAAGGUUCACGGGAAGGGUCCAAUAACCAAAUCCCGGAGGCCUGCCCGGUAAUGGCAAGGCUCAGGCAGGUGGAGGUUGAGGGCGAUGACUGGAUCCUCAUUGACCGUGCUGGUGAGGGCGCGUCGGCGCUGGAGGAGUCGUGGUACCUAACCCCUCCGCCGUGUUUCACACGGGCGGGACCCGUGAACGUAGAGACGUCACCGUUAGAAGACCUGCUAAUAGAGCAUCCAAGUAUGUCUGUUUACCGAGCCACAGCGUCUCCGAUCGCCCCCGAAACCCCACCGCCUACGCCGGACGCGCCGGAUGAACGUAACGUCGAGGAAAACGUGGCUCUGCGAGACGUGGUCGUACCCGGCGGAAACGUGGCCACGGCGACGCCAGUUUCGCUGGAACGUAACCCUAGGAGAAGACGAGGAGACGCAGAGCAAGAGGAUAUAGAGCGUAGACCAUCUAUCCACGACGGCAGACCUGCUGUCGAUCGUCCGCGCAGAUCAGAGCAGAGGAUAGUUGUUCAGCUACGGUCGGCGCAAAAGGUUUUCGAAAAGAGGUCCACGCAAGGUCUAAAGAGAGGUCGCCUGGAGAGGAGUAACAAGUUGAGAGAGGUGUUCAGUGUAAAGGGCAAGCGGCCACGUCGCCAGGACCGCUUGCGCAUCCAGAACAGUGGCGCGAACAACAACCGGAAAUGCUAGUCAUUCGAUCUCAGGCCAAGGUGUACUCAAAUACCUUCUUCCUAAAACAGGCAUAUACAGGAAAAGCCACACUGCAUUACAAAGAAAAACAAAAAAAAAAAAAA